AUGGACGAAGUUUCUCCAACAAAACAUUUUACAAGUAAACCAUUAUUACCAACUAAAACCCCAAGAGACAAGGCAAUUAGUCAUUAUGUUAAUGCAUUAAAUUCACCAAGAAAUGUUGUUAAAACAGAAAUACCAGAAUGUGGGAUACAAAUAAUUGAUGGAGAUGGGAAUUUUGCAUCGACUGAUACAAGAGAAAGACCAUCAUUAAAAAAUUAUAUUUUAUCAAAACCAGAAUUCUUAAAACGAGGAAUGGAUUAUAAUGCAGUAGGUAUAUUAGGUGCUCAAAGUAGUGGAAAAUCUACAUUAUUAAAUUAUUUAUUUAAUACAAAAUUUAGGAUAUUAAAUGAAGUUAUGGGAAGAAGUAGAACUACCCAUGGAGUAUGGAUGGCAUUAUCAGGAAAAGAAUCAAAUAUUGUUGUAUUUGAUUUAGAAGGUACAGAUGGAUCAGCACGAGAAGAUGAUUAUUCAUUUGAAAGAAAAACAUCAUUAUUUAGUUUAUCAGUAUGUAGUGUAUUAAUGGUUAAUUUAUGGUCACAUGAUGUUGGAAGAUUUCAAGCAUCAAAUAUGUCAUUGUUAAAGACAGUGUUUGAAUUAAAUCUUCAAUUAUUUGUCAAAGAAGAAACACCUAAAACGUUGAUUGUUUUUGUUAUUAGGGAUAGAGAAGCAGAUACACCUUUUGACCAAAUAGAAAGAGAUAUUAUGGAAGAUAUUAUGAGAAUUUGGGAUACA